UUUCGAGGACAACCGUCAGCCGGGCAAGAUGUUCGUCAGCGACUUGCGGAAAGAGUUUUACGAGGUGAUCGCCACCCAGCGUGUCCUUCUCAUUGUUGCCCCAGAUGUUGACGCUCUAUGUGCUUGUAAAAUUCUUCAGGCUCUGUUUCAAUGUGAUCAUGUGCAGUACACAUUGGUACCUGUAUCUGGCUGGCAAGAACUUGAAACUACAUUCCUUGAGCAUAAAGAACAGUUCCGUUUCUUUGUUCUUCUAAAUUGUGGUGCAAAUGUUGAUCUUCUCGAAACGUUACAGCCACAGGAAGAGACCAUCUUCUAUAUCUGUGAUACUCACAGACCAAUAGAUGUGGUGAAUGUCUACAAUGAUAGCCAGAUAAAGCUGCUGAUUAAGCAAGAUGAUGAUCUUGAGAUCCCAACUUACGAUGACAUAUUCCGUGAUGAUGAAGAUGAGGAUGGAGAGGAUUCUGGAAAUGACAGUGAUGGCUCUGAGCCAUCUGGAAAAAGAAGACGUUUUGAUGAGGGGGCUGUGGAAAGGAGGAUAGAGAAACGUCGAGAGCGCAGAGAAUGGGAGGCACGCAGGCGAGAGAUUCUGUUUGACUAUGAACAAUAUGAAUAUCAUGGCACAUCUUCCGCAAUGAUGAUGUUUGAGUUGGCCUGGAUUAUGUCCAAGGAUUCAAAUGACAUGUUGUGGUGGUCAAUUCUAGGGCUGACUGAUCAGUGGGUUCAAGACAAAAUCACUCAAAUGAAAUAUGUGACCGAUGUUGGGACUUUACAACGCCAUGUAUCCCGGCACAACCACCGCAAUGAGGAUGAGGAGAACUCCCUCUCUAUUGACUGCAUGAGGAUUGCCUUUGAAUAUGAUCUACGUCUUUCGUUGUAUCAGCACUGGUCAUUGUAUGAAAGUAUUUGCAACUCCUGCUAUACAUCUGCCAGUCUUAAACUAUGGUCUGUGCAAGGGCAAAAAAAGCUUCAAGAAUUUCUUGCUGACAUGGGGCUACCUUUGAAGCAAGUGAAGCAGAAGUUUAAUUCAAUGGAUGUAUCAUUAAAGGAAAAUCUUCGGGAAAUGAUAGAGGAGUCUGCUAAUAAAUUUGGAAUGAAAGAUGUACGAGUACAGACAUUCAGUGUACAGUUUGGAUUCAAGAAUAAGUUCCUAGCAAAUGACAUUGUAUUAGCGGUAAUGUCUCUCCUAGAGAAUACAGAACGUGAUGAGAAUGGAACGGACAACUUCAUCAAGGCUUUAGACAGCCUAUCCAGGAGCAACCUGGACACGCUGUAUUUUGGUCUGGAACAGGCCAAAAGGCUGUUGCGUGCUAUUCAGCAGAUUGUGGCCAGCUGCAUCUGCACUAAUCUCAUUUUAUCCCAGGGCCCUUUCCUAUAUUGCUAUCUGAUGGAGGGUACUCCGGAUGUCAAGAUGUUUUCAAAACCUGCUUCUCUCUGCCUGCUAUGCAAAUACUUGCUGAAAUCCUUUGUGUGCUCUACAAAAAACAAGCGCUGUAAACUUCUCCCGCUGGUGCUGGCAGCACCCCUGGAUGUUGAUAUGGGAACAGUUAUCAUAGUCGGAAUCCCUCCUGAAGCUGAGAUUUCGGACAAGAAAAAUUUUUUUGGCCGCGCAUUCGAGAAAGCAGCAGAGAGCACGAGUUCUCGAACAUUACACAAUCAGUUUGAUAUUUCAAUUAUAGAGUUAAGAACAGAAGACCGCAGCAAGUUUUUGGAUGCCCUCAUCUCAUUACUAUCCUAAGAAAUCUGUGGAUCACUUAUCCAGGCUUCCUCUGUGUGUUGUACACUGCCUUCUACUGUAUAUGAGCCCUUUUUAUAUGUUUUUAUGUCAAUUAAAUUAUUAAAACUUGGAUAUUUUAAAUGUGUAUUCAAUAAAAUGUUUCUAUACCUUGUUUACUGAAAUUAUCUUAAAAAUGUAAAUAAAGAAAACUCUUUGCUC